GUUAUGUAAACAAUACUUUGUUGUCAUCGAAAAUUAAUGGAUCAUAACCUAAUCUUCUCAAGUUACAAUACACAGGAGAGCUUUGUGUGAUGUUAAAAAUAGAUUGCUAAAUUCUAGUAAUAACAAUAUGUCGGCCGUCUGAUACACACAAAGAUAAGUGGCGAUCUUCUAAAGAAACUGUACUAAGAUGGAAAAGUGCGUUGGAGAUUUCUACAAUAUACCAACUGUUUCAAAAUUAAAGUGUUCUUUUCAUCAUAAAACAGUUAUGAUCAGUUUAAAGCAUUUCCAUGAAUUUUUGAAAAGUAAGCAUGAUCCAGAAUGUGGCAAAGAAUAUCCUAGAAAAUUUAACGUUAAGAAAGAACUCGGCAAACAUUCAGAUUCUAUCAGAAUACAUGGAGAGAUAUAUUUCAGCAUGUCGGCGUUAAUCCGUUACAUGUUUCAUCAUUCAAAUGAGUAUAACGUAUGUAGAAGUACGGUGGAUGAUAUCAUCAUGGGUUUGAGGGUUCCAAACUCAGACUUUGAAGUAUCAGACGAUGAGUUGAAAAUAGAUGAUUCGGCAGAAAUGAAAUAUGAAGACUCGAUUUGUACGUCAGAUUCUGGUCCAAUAGACAUACAGCUCAAAGACCACCAAGAUCAAGCUGGAAGGAAAACUGUGAUGAAAAAGAAAACUAAACCUAGGAAAAUAACACAGGAUGAUAUACCUGAUGAGGAUAGCUUUGAUUUCAUCAGUGAUAUUGUAGAUGAUGACAGUGAUUAUGAUUUCCCUGUUGAAUUGCCAAACAGCUUAUCAGCAUUCCAGAAUGGCUGUAAAAAUGAGUCCAUAGAACUGCAAAACGGGGAGAUUGAGAGGCUAUCAAACGAAGAAAGUUCUGAAGGACAAAAUGAAAAAUUUGUUUCAUUAAAUGGUGUUAAAAAUGAAACUUUUACAGAUGGUGAACCGACAGAAGAGAAAAAUGAAGUUCGGAAUUUUUCAUCAAUAUCUGAAACUGCUGAUUCAAAUGAUGCUAUCCCAAAUAGAUUUAACAUGGACCCGGAAUAUCAAUAUGUACUUGAAACUGGAGAAGUACCACGAGAUCAAUAUGAUGCAUACGAUCAAUUUGGCGAGGCCUGUCUUACAUGUAAUUUAUGCAGUAAAAGAUUUUCCACGCCUGGUAAUUUGAAGACGCAUGUUCGAACACAUACUGGUGAAAAGCCAUAUUAUUGUCAAUUCUGCAACAAACGGUUUACAACAAAGGGAAAUCUUGAUGUCCAUGUUCGCACACAUACUGGAGAACGACCCUACAAAUGUCAUUUCUGUGACAAAUAUUUUUCUACUAUUGGUAAUAGGCAAGUUCACAUGAGAACCCAUACACAAGAACGACCAUUUACAUGCAGUUUAUGUCACAAGCCAUUCAGCACGAAAGCAAAUCUGCACACCCAUAUGAAAACUCAUUCUGGUCGCAGGGACCAUGAGUGUUCAUUCUGCGGGAAAGCAUAUACAACAUUAGCUAACUUGCAGACUCAUAUGAGAUCCCAUAAUCCAUUUCUGCAAUCAUUCCUUCCAAACGAAUCGUCAAAUCCAAGUACAAGUGAAGCAGAACAGAAUCAAAUAACAAAUGGUUCAAUGAAUCUUGGCAUAAAUAACUUACUGCCAAAUCAAGCUCUUCUUGGAAGCAUGAACUUGAAUCUAUUUAAUCCAGCAUUACUGUUACCAAUGGGCAUGCCACUUGGUAUGAGUGGAUUCAUUCCACCAAAUAUUCUUAUGAACAAUGGACAGAAUGCCAGUUUAGAUUUAACAGGAAAGGAGGAUAAGAAGACAGAAGGCUCUCAAUCAAAACCAAACUUCUCUGCUUCAUCCUCCUCUGCAGACAUGGCAGAUGGUAAAAAAGAGUCGUCACUAAAAAGGCCACUAGACCAAGAGGAGAGUUUCAGAGCAAAAUCCAUGAAGCAGGAAAACUCUGGAGACAUUCCAAAUGGAAUUUUGCCAAACUUGGCAUUCCUUAACCACAUAAACAUGAUGAAUAAUUUUGCAUUUUCAGUUUCUAGUCAAAAUAAUUGAUCUUAGCCACAUAAAAAGUAAAUUUUUUCUUUUCUUGAAAAUUUUAGGUUCUUUAGAUAGGGAUUUUUUUUUAGUAAAGUGACAGAAAUAAAUAAAAAGUUGCAAUGUAUAACAAUACUUGACAAUGAAAAUCUAAAAAUCAGAAAAAAGAAAAAACAAACAAUUUUUUUAGAAGGAAGCUUUUAUUGUGGGUAUGUAUAGUUAGGGAGAGGGUUAACAAAGUGUAGUUGUAUAUUUGCCCUGUACUUAUUCAUACAUAGAUCUCCUGUGUACACUACAUGUACAUGAUUAUUCAAAGAUAAAAAAAAAUUCUGGUUUCUUUCUUGAAUAAUCAUUACAUUGUAUAUAUUGUAAUAUGUUUUGUGAGGUUAAAAACUAGAUACUUUUCAAUCUAUCUCAAAAACCUGAAUCAAAAUGAAAUUUCUGAAGAAAGUCAUAAUUGUUAAUUUUUAUUUCUAAAGAAAGCUUAAAUGCACAAAUAGUAGACAUUGUCAUAGUUACAUUUUUUUUAGAGUAAGAUACAUAAAUUUACAUCAUGUACAUGUGCAUGUAACUGCUAAAUAUCAUGAUUUAUAUAUUUGGAUAAGAUAAAAAAAAUGUUAUAUUGUAAUUUUACACAUUGCAUUUUAUUAUACCUAAAGCAUUUAUCUUUGUUUUUGUGUAUAGGGCAUUUUUGUUUAUUUUACAAUACACACUAGCAAUAAGAACUAAUUACUGAUGUUGAUGAUUUUUCUCUGUAGAUCCUGGUGAUUCAUUGUUUUAGUAAUGCACUCUGGAAUAUCACUUUCUACAUAUAUAUUUCUCUGGUAUCUAAGACAGGAUUGUAAGUUAAAUCAGAGUGUUAAUUAUCAUUUCAAAUCACCAGCUACAUGCAUGUAUCACCCUGUUUCAGAGUGAUAAACUGCACACAAGCAACAAUGAUCGUCUUGUAAAUUUUACUAUAGCAUAAAUUGAAUAAAAUACAUAAAACAAAAAGAAGAGAUGGUAAUUAAAGUAUUCAUGACUUGAACUUCUAAUGUUUCUGCAUUUAAACCUCAUGAUCUAGUCAUUGUUUUAUCUAAAAUACAACUUUAUGACAUGCAUGUCAAAUGUUUAUAUUUCACAGUUCUGUCACUGGUGUAACAGAGAAUAUAAAACAUUAGUUAAAAAUUCUCAUCCCUCUCUCAGAUUUAUUUCAGAGAAACUUUCUAUGUACAUGUAUCACUAGUUAACACUGUUAUCACACUUGUUUUGUGGUGAUAAAGACAGUACAUGCAUGGAAGAACUUAAAAGUAAAGUGUGAUUUCCAUGCAUUAUGAACGGAACUUCGACCUGAAUAAGGCAUUUCUACCUAUUUGCAUGAUAACAAGAACUUUUUUCAUGAAAAUUAUCCUUAACUACGUUCUUUUUGUUUAGUUAAGGAACUUAUCCAGCAUUUAAGAAUUUAUGUCUACUACAUGUAUGUAUAUUCAACUUGUGUUGAUUAAUUUCUGUGUUUCAUAUGCAUUUAUACCAAAACUUGCAUGUUUUAAUAUCGACAGGGAUAAAGCAAUCAUUACAAUAAGUUCUGCAGUUAUUUAUUAUGCCCCCGCCGUAGCGGAGGGGUCAUAAUAAAUAGAGUUAUGCCCCUUUACAAAUGGAAAAAUUGCUGAAUUUUUCAUUUCCGUUUUCUAACUUUAGUUGGCCUCAACCAAAUUUUAUGAGACAUAUAUAUAUACAAUGCUUAUUACCACAUAAUACAGAUCAAGUAUGAAAUUGGGUGGCAUCACUUGUACCUUUCUUGAGUUAUGCCCCUUGAUAAACAUAAAAAUUGCUGAAUUUUUCGUUUCCGUUCUCUAACUUUAGUUUGCCUCAACCAAAUGUUAUGAAACUUAUACACAAUGCUAAUUACCACAAAAUACAGAUCAAGUUUGAAUUUUGGUGGUGUUGUUUUUACCGUUCUAGAGUUAUGCCUGUUUACAAAUGGAAAAAAUGCUGAAUUUUUCGUUUUCGUUCUCUAACUUAAGUUAGCCUCAACCAAAUGUUAUGAGACUUAUACACAAUACUUAUUACCACAAAACUCAGAUCAAUUACAAAUUAGGGUAGCAUCACUUUUACUGUUCUUCAGUUAUGUCCCUUUAUAAUUUCAUAUGAUAUGCAAGCGGGGGCAUCAUCUGUGUCCCAUGGACACAUUCCCCAUUUAUUGUAACUUGGUUUGAUUAAAAUUAUUCAACUUUGAUUAACAUUAAGUGACAAUUACUGUACACAAGGUCAUUUAGUUUUUGGUAUUUUUGACUUUCCAUGCUUGUUGUAGUGGGUUAUUCACUCUGAAGUGGUGCUCCGUAUAUUCCAUAGGUGUUAUAUGGCUAUUCAGAAGGUUAUCUGUGUAAUCCCAAACAAUCAACCUGUUUUAUCCAUUUACUUACAAAAUCCAGAAAGGUUAAAUUAUCAUGUUUGUACUGUAAAAAGAUUGAAUGUUUCUAGGUUAAUCAUGUUCAGUGAUGUUUAGAGGAUUGAAAUCUUUGAUUGUUUUAUACAAAAAGAUCUGACUAUUAUAUACACAUAUACUACUUGUUUUAUUAUUUCUUGUAAAUUUAAUAUUUAUAUCUUUAAUAGGUAUUUUAUUUAUUGACCAUAUUUAUUGUGAAUUUAUUAUUAUGUAAUGUAUAAAAAGAGAAUGACUUGAACUAUUACAGUUGUGCUUCUCUGUCAAUCCUUAAAGAAUGAAAAGUAUUAUUCUCAUCCUCCUUUCAGAAUUCAAAAAUAGAGCAUGGAGAGAGAAGGAUUUUCUUUUUAAUAUGCAUGUAUUUAGUAAGUUGUAAAUUACAAUGUCCCCCCUUAAGAAACAUUAAAGAUGAUUUAGCAUGCAUUUUACCACUGAUUUUUCUUACCUACUUGGCAAAUAAAUUUGGAAAAGACUAUUGUGUUGUCUGGAUGAUAACUUUGAUCAGUACCGGUGGCAGAUCCAGAAUAUUGUGCAGAGUGCAUCUUUUGAUUUCUAAAAGAAAUUGAAAAUCUGAAGUUUUUCACAAUUUGUAUGAUGUUUUAACAUAAAUUUUCCCAAAAAAUUAUCUAUUAAGUAUUCUGGAAUUACAUGCAACCUUUCAAAAAUCCCGGAUCUGCCGCAGAGUACCUUUAUGUAUGGAUAAAAGUGCUUUUUGUCAUCAAAAAAUUUAGGUCAAGUGUUCACUAUGAAUGCUUCUGCAUUGCAGGAGGUAUGCAAUACAUCUCCCUUGGCAAAGUGGGAAAUUAGCACCUCUUAAUCAAAUAAUGCCCCUAUCAGUUUGGAAUAUUAAAAAAAUCUUAAGGUUUCAUGAUGAUGUGUUUAUGUACUUGAACCAAAAGUCACUUGCAUUUCAAGAACUUUUUCAUUUGAAAAACACAAAUAGUUUCUCAUUUUUGAAAACUAAAUAUGAAUCUUUUAUAUUCAGACUUUAUCAUUUUUUCCAGCUAGAACAUUUAUGGACUUGUGAGAUUCUGAAUCCUCUAUCAGCUGUGCUAAUUAUUUACCAGUACACAAGAAAAAAACAUGUAACACACAUAUUAUUUUAGUUUAGGGUCUUCAGGAUAAGACAACCAGAUCUUAGUAUUUAAUUGAAUGAAUAUUUUAUUUUUAUAACCUUAAUGUAUAUAUACAUGCAUGUGUUAAGUUUUGCUAGACCACAAUUCAUUGUAUGUGUUUAAUUGUUUCCAACCUUUUGUCAGUAUUAGAGAAAAUAAAAAAUUUUGUUACAUUAUGCAUUUAAAAAGUUAUAUUUAUGUAUACAAUACCAGAUUUUUAUAAACUUGUUUACAAUAAGUACACUGAGCAAAUUUGUUACAUUGCUAGUCGUAACAUGACCCAUUUAUAAAUAUAUUGAGGUUAUCUUUGACAGAAAAUGCUAAGUUAUGGAUUGAAUAUUCCUUAUCUCAUUUUUAGGGGAAAUUAUUAUACGCCUUAUCCAAAGCAACACGAACUCAAGCCUAUUCUGAAAACAAAUUUAUGAAACGGGGAGGAUUUAUUUCCCUGCAUGACACGAACAAAGAUAAAUGUGAAGCUAACAAUAUUUGUUUUGGCCCAACAACAUUUGAACAUGAUUGUAUCUUAAUCGUGGUCUAUAGAUUAUGUUGCUAUAUUUUUUUUGGUAUCCUUUUUAAAUUGUUUUAUAUUAAUCUCUGCUUGAGUGAAAUUUUGAUUCUUAACUUUAGCUGGUACUUUUUCUGAAUAGAUGCAUUUGGUAUUUUAUAUAUUUAUCUAUCAAGAACAUGCAUCAUAAAUAAGAUACAAUAACUAUUUUAGAUGAAAAAUUGAUUUUGGUAAGAUAAGGGCAAUUGAGGGCCAUAUUUGGCCUUAAUAAGGCUUACUUUUAGGAGUCAAAUUUGGAAGAUAGUGUUUGUUUUUAUCAUCACAUUGAAACAACACAAAAAAUAUUCACAAUUUCAUGAUUAUGGUAACAAAAUCUUGCUAAAAUUUAUUUUGAUGGGAAAUAAGUUUUUAAUAUUUAUAUAUUAGCCAUAUACCACCAUACAAAUUAAUCUCAAUAAAUAUGUGGGGAGGUUGUUUUUCUUAAUUUCUGAGAUUUUAUAAGGUACUUUGUCUAUUCGAAAAAUACUUUUUGUAAUUUUCUUUGUGUAAAAUACUAUUUUGAUAAUAUUGUAAUUUUUUAAAUGAAAUGAUAUUUUGGGCUUGAUAUGACCCUGGAUAUUGUUUGUACUUUCAUAUCUUUCUUUUUUCAGACUCAUAUGCAAAUAUGUAUUGUUGUUUUUGUCAAUCUUAUGACCAAAUGUUUUGUUUUUCAUGUAUUUAAAAAAAAUAUCUAGAUGUAUAUCUAGUGUAUUACUUUUUAUUCUUACAUUCCAACAUUACCUUAGCAUUCAACAUAUUUUUUUUACAUCCAUUAGACAUGAUAUUUUGUUAUUGUUGUCUGUCUGUCCAUUCAGGUUGCCACAUUUGAUAUCUGAAAUCCAUUAUAUUGGAUUUUAUUAAGGACGGAAUAAUUGAAUUGGGUGCAUGGAAGACUGAUAAUUAUCCAAAUCUGUUUUGACGAAAUCACUGAAAAUCUUUUCACAUUGAAGGGUUAAUGAAUGUAGACACCCUUUUAAUUAUUUUAAAUGUUCAUGUGUGUUCUGAGUUAUGGAACUUGAUUGACAGCAGAAAAUUUUAAAAUAGACGUAGAUGGUUGUGUGGUGUUUCUGUUUUAGCAGUAAUGUAUAUGGUCGUGCUCUCAAUGAUGUAGAAACGACAAUGUAUGACAAAUUAUGAAAUUACUUAAAUGUUGUUUAAUGUGAAUAUAGAUGUUUCUACUCAAAGUAGAGUUGAUUGUACAUUGUUGUGUUGAAUGUUAAAAUAGAUUCUUGUGACCUGAACAAAAAAAUAUGUUGUUAAUUGUAUUGCAUUAUAUGUAAAUAUGAAAUAAGUGUAAAAUAUGUCAUGAUAAAAUGUUUAGGCUGAUGGUGAAAAUUACUUCCUCAUCUCCUUCAAAUAAAAGUUAUAUUAUAAAAGAAUGGGUUAUAACUGUCAAAUGAAAAUGACUUGUUCAGAUACAAUGAUUCCUUGUCUCCUUCAAAUAAAGUUAUAUUAUAAAAGAAUGGGUUAUAACUGUCAAAUGAAAAUUACUUGUUCUGAUACAAUGAUAUCAGUGUUAUUUCUUAUUUUUAAUUUCAGAUUAUUUGAGUAUCUUAUUUCCAAGACUGACAUGUAAAUUACAACUUAGUCGUGGACCAAAUAAUGCAGUUGUAUUUCACUUUAGUGAUGUUUACCUCUUUUGUUUUUUUUAUCCUUUAAUUUGUUGAAAUCAACUAAAUUUGAAGUUUCUCUUUAACAUUAUGAAUAUUUGAAUUUUUAUUUUACCAUAACACUGCUAAAAGUCCUUUUAUUUUUACAUCAGACUACAAAGUAAAUUUAGCAUUUUUCAAUCUAAGAAAUUAAAUAUGCAUGAAAUAUUUGCGACUGGACAUCAAGCAAUGAUGAAUUUCAGACCUUCAGAUAAAUCUUUAUGUUAAUGAUUGGUAAGCUAUAUUUGAUAUUUAUGAUUGAUCUUUCUAAUAUAGAUUAGUUUGUUUUUGUUCUGUUUUAUAACUUACAGCUAGUUUUCCGUCCAGGUAGUUGAUAUUUUUUUUAGAGAUAUAGAUCUGUGUUUUUGGGUAGAUUUAGUUUUUUCUUUUGAUUUUUGUUUGAAUGAAAUUUUUUUAUUUUAGUUUUUAAUUUUUUAAGGUCUACUCAGAGGCAAUUUUAUCUAAAUUGCAUCACAAUUUAAAAAAAAACCAACAUUUACAUGAAAGUUAGAUGAAUAUAUGUUCCUACAUGAACAAGGAAAGCAUGGAAAUACUUGUUGUUUAGAUGUAUAUUAUGUCACAUGGCAAGGAAAAUAUUGGCUUAUAUCAUUUACUAGAAUUCUGACAACACUUAAAUAAAAACAAAAUUUGAAUUGGUUUUAAAUAGAUAUCAAAAAGUUUUUUAUUCACUCCCUAGCACUUUGAAUUCCAUAUUUUGUAUUACUCACAAAUACUUUUAUAUUUUUGCCAAAAAAACUGUAAAAUGUAAAAUAUGCCACACGUUAUACUUAUGAAUUGUUGUUUAUUUGUUGGUAUAGUAAUUAGAUUUGUAUAUGUGUAGUGUUGUUGAAUCCAGUAAGUAGAACAUGUUAAUCUUCCUUCUUUUAAAGCCAUAUAGAUUUACAAGAUAUGGCUAGGUUUUUGUUGAUACUUUGUUUUCCAAACUGCCGGUACAUUAUUGAUAAAGAAGAAUUUAAAAAGGGUUUUGUACCUGUUUUCACUGAUUAAAACAAAUAUUUAAAAAAGCGUUUAGUUAUUGGUCAUAUGGUUUAUACCAUAUACCAUUUGACAAAUGCUUCCUUCUAUUUGACAGACUAAUUCAUUUUGGGGGCCUUUUAUAGCUGACUAUGCAGUAUGGGUUUUGCUCAUUGUUGAAGGCCGUACAGUGACCUAUAGUUGUAAACUUCUAUGUCAUUUGGUCUCUGGUGGAGAGUUGUCUCAUUGGCAAUUAUACCACAUCUUCUUAUUUUUCUAAUAUACUGUUUCAGUAUAUAUAUAUAAUUAGGGUGAAAUUGUAAAGUCUUUAUUUGUUAUUAUCAUUAACAUCCUUGUACAAUCUCACUAAAAAGAUUGAAGACAGUAUAUUGACCUCUAGAUGUCUUUUAAUUUUUUAUAUGACCGUUUACGGGACGUAUUAUGGUAUACCGUUGUCCGUCUGUUUGUCCGUCCGUCCGUCUGUUCGUUCGUCCGUCGUCAACAUGUCAGACAUUAACUCAAAAACGCUUUAACCAAUUUGCAUAAAACUUUGGUGAAUUGUUUAUAUCUAUUGACGUGAGCUCCCUUUCGUUUUUUAUAAAUUUUAGAUUUUACGUUUCCGAGUUAUGGGGUUUUAUUCAUUAAAAAAGGGGGAUUUUCCAGUUUUCAGACAAUAACUCAAGAAUGCUUUCACCAACUUGCAAGAAAUUGUGGUGAAUUGUUUAUAUCUAUUGACAUGAGCUCCCUUUUGAUUUUUAUAUAUUUUAGAUUUUACAUUUUACAUUUCCAAGUUAAGGGGUUUUAUUAAUAAAAAAAAGGGGGAUUUUCCAGUUUUCAGACAAAAAAAUCAAAAAUGCUUUAAGCAGUUCUUAUGAAACUUUGGUGAAUUGGUUAUAUCUAUUGAUGUAAGCUCCGUUUAGAAUUUUAUAAAUUUUACAUUUUACAUUUCUGAGUUAUGGGGUUUUAUUCAUUAAAAAAGGGGGGAUUUUCCAGUUUUUGGACAAUAACUCAAAAAUGCUGUCAGAAAUUCUCAUGAAACUUUGAUGAAUUAUUUAUAUCUAUUUAUUGUAAGCUCCCUUUACAUUUUCAUAAAUUUUUAAUAUGACAUUGAGAAUUAAUUGAACUUUAAUUGUUUAUAGUCUGACAACAGAUUUACUAAGUAUUGCGCAACAGCACAGUGUAUUGCACAACAGCAAGAAAUCUUCGAUUGAAAAUAAAUUCAAUUCAUAUAACCAAUUUCAAGUUCUUUGACUACAUUUAUUCAGAAACCUAUAAUAUGUUAAAUAUUUAAUACAAUCCAAAUUCAGACCUGUAUCAAGCUUGAAUAUUGUGUCCAUUUUUGUCCCAACUGUUCAGGGUUGGACCUUUGUGGGCGUGUCCAGCUGCGCUCAGCGAAGCAGUUUAUUGUGUUAAUGGGUCGCUGUCUCAUUGAAAAAUACCUCACAUCUUUUAUCCAAAGAUAUGGAGGUCAAAAGCAAUGAGAAUGUAACCUAACAAUACAAGUUAACCAAAUUAGGCAAUUGUAUUAUUGCAUGCAAGUAUUCGUGUAUUGUUGUUUCUUAAAAUACAUGAAUUGAAUUCAUUGAACAACAGAAAUAUAUAAACUAUAUAUAAAAAAUAAUUUUCACUUCACAAAAUACCCCUUGAUAAAAGAAUUAGUCUUCAAAUUUGAAGGUAGCCUUUAUAAUGAUUACCAUAAAAAAACAAUAUUAUAUGGGUACACUGGCAUUAGGAGGAAAUAUUCUUUAUAUUAUUAUGCACAUAUAUUUGUUAUAUUUAUCUUCAGAUUAUAUGUAUACCACAUUUGCACUGUAAUAUUAAAAUAUUUCUCAGAUAAAAAUGUGCAUGUCUUGUUACAGUUACAGGAAAAUUAUUGUGUGUAAAGAAUACUUUCCUGUUAUAAGUUCUUAAAUGUGAAAUUUUCUCUUAAUUGUAAAAACUAUAAUUAUGGUAGAUUUUUUUAACUUUCUUAGUUAUAUAGAUUUUUUUGGUUGACACAUAGUGCUGUCUUAGUUUUUAUAAUCACAUAAUUUAAAAAAAGCAAUAAUUUUUGUUUAUUUUAUGGUUGUUAUGAUUUAAUCUGAAUAUUCCUGAAAAGUAUUUUGGUAUAUGAAAAUUUCUGAAUGCUUUUGCUUAUCUAAUAUCAAUUUUUUUCUGGAACAUUAAAACAUUUACCAUAUCUGUUAGUCCUUGGGGAAGGUGUGGGCUAAUUUUGUCAUGGUCUAUUAAAAUAUAUGGUGGGUUGCUGGUCCAACAUAUAAAGAAAGACAAUAUUGAGCUUGACCAUUAUCUAUCAAAACCUUGAGUUACUUAUGGUAUAACCAAAUUAAGUACAAGCAAUAAACUCUCUUCUCAUAGUAACAUCUCAGUUAUGAAAACAGUACAGAUAGUUUCACCAUUUUUCAGGAAAAUUCAGUAAUAUAGUAUUAUUAAAAUGAUGGAAAUAAUGUUAAUGUUGUGAUGUAAUAAUUAUUGUGAUUUUUUUUGUAAUACAUUCACCUUUUAAGGUAUUGUGUUAAAACAGUAUUGAAAUCAAGCAUUAAAUGAAUAAGUAGUGAAA